AAAGUAUAUAAGGUUGAAGGUUCGGACUGAGAGACCACUGCAGUUGCUUGACUCAUUCUUCUGAACCCACUUUAGCCCCAAACAACAACCGAGCUAAAAUGGCAUUCGCCGGUGUUCUGAAUGAUGCAGACAUCACUGCAGCCCUGGAGGCAUGCAAAGCUGCCGACUCUUUCAACCACAAAGCCUUCUUCUCAAAGGUGGGCCUGGCCGGAAAAUCCCCUGAUGACAUCAAGAAGGCUUUCGCCAUCAUUGACCAGGACAAGAGCGGCUUCAUUGAGGAGGACGAGCUGAAACUGUUCCUGCAGAACUUCGCUGCCGGAGCAAGAGCCCUGACCGAUGGGGAGACAAAGACCUUCCUUAAGGCAGGCGACACCGACGGCGACGGCAAAAUCGGAGUUGAUGAGUUCGCUGCCUUGGUGAAGGCAUAAACAGCAACUGACCAACACCUCUUGCUUCGAAAGGAACAACAUUGCCCAAGACCUCCCUUUUCCAUCUGAAUAUAAAUAAUUUUUAUACAUUUGCUUACGACAUGCCUGCAGAAUAUUUCAUACCACGCAGCACACUGUUCAAAGUGAUGAUUGUGAAUGUAGCGCGGUUGUGUUUCAUGUCUUAAAUAUGAAUUUUGCUUACUGUAAAAUCUAUGAUGCACUUUUCGGGAACGGACGAUGAGAAAAGAAUAAAGAUUCUUUUGCAAUA